UAUAGUUCCAAACUUGAUGUUAAAAUUUUUGUUUUUCUUCAGCAACUGUUUAUGAUGUUUAUAUAAAUUUUAAUUGUUUGUCAAUUUAGUCCAGUGCCUCAUCUAAUUAAAGUUAAGAAUGUGUACAAACACAUACACGUAUCUCACCUUGAAAUAUGUUUUGGAUGAACAUCACCAUCUGGCUCUGGUUAAGGUCUUAUUUCUUUUUGGCAUGGCCCUCCACAUUGCUUGAACUAGAUAAAUGUCAUUUUUAACACUAAUAGUUGUGAAAUCACCACUUGUCUCCAAAUUUUAAACUGAUGGGAAGGGGUAGAUUUUAAUAAUUUUUUUGUCUCAACACUCUCUCUCAUGUGUGUGCUAAACUCCCCCUUAGUAAGGGGUCCAACACGUGGAAUAUUUAAAUUAAAUGGGUAAAGUGUAGAGUGAGGAUAUGAACUCAGGUUCUCUGCUCUGAUAUCACGUGAAAUCAUCACUUGUCCUAAAAGUUUAAAGUGAUGGGAAGAGGUAGAUUUUUAAUAUUUAUAUAUGUCUUAACAAUAGUUACUUCUCAGGCACAUAAUCAAACCUAUUUACAUGAAUUUACGUUAUUUUCUGAAGUAAGAUAAAGUUUCAAUGAAUAAAGGAAAUAGGCAUAACCCAACUAUAUAGAAAAUAGAUGAAGGAGAACACUUGUUACAAGUUGGAGCUAGAAAAUGAUACAAGAAGUCAUGAAAGCUAGCUCCAUUGAAUAUAACAACAGAAGGCCACAUAAAUAAGGUGUGGAAAAGGAAACUUCUAAGCUCAUACAAACAGCGCUAGGGAUCUUCAAUGCUAUGGCCAUUCCUUUAAAGCCGAACACACCACAUGAGACAUAAAGUAAUCAUUUCCCAUAUAGCAGCAAUUUGGGGAUUGCCUUGAAGGCCUUUCCAACAAGCAAAAAGAUCCACCACCCUUCUAGGAAUCACCUAUGCAAGUCCGGUCUAGCUAAAAAACUCAUCCCAUAGCACCCUUGCCACCUCACAGUGAAUUUACUGUAUGGUAGCCAUAAAACUUUAUCUCUUUACUCUUUUCUCUCCGUACACAUUUCUUUUGUCCUCAUGCACAAACGUAAUCCCUUCUCUUGCGCUUCUCGCCAGAGUUGAUUCUCUCUUCCUUCCCUUUCCUCUCUUUUUUUGUUUCUUUUCUUCCUUUUCCUACUUCUGUCUUCAAAGCUACCUAGAUGGAAGGUGAUGGGAGUUUUAUGGUGGAGUUUAAAACUUUCAUCUUCUCGAAGGUGGCUGGUUAAAGUUUUUGUAUCAUUGAGACAAAUAGAAGAAUGGUUCUGUUUCUCUUCAUUAACGGGACGUCAGCUUCAUGGGUGGCAAUGAUGGUUGUAGAAGCUCUUGCCUCUCGACGGAGUGAAGGAUUUUUUAGAAAGUUGAGGGUGGGAAAUGGGGUCCUCAUUCUUCAAUGUCACAGUAACAAUAGAGGAUGUUUUAUGCACUUGGAGGAAUUUUGGAAUGGCAGGAAGAGGGGCUCUCUGAUUGUCCCUGAAGGCGUGAAUGGAUGCGGUUGGAAAGGUUUCGCUUACCACCUCAAGAAGGUGGCUGGUUUCGCGGGGGUGCUUAGAGAGGGUGGCCUACGUCGGGGUGGGGUGGCUGGUUAUGGGUUGGAAACAGAGAAGCCUCCCUCAAAUGGUGUUUCAUACGCCUCUGUUUUGAGGUCACCGGCAAACUCUCUGGUAAGGGGUAGCUCUGCCAUGGUGUCGAUAGGCAAGGAGACCAGCGCUGAACUCCCUUUGCCUUGUGGGUAGUGGGGUGCCCUCUAUCGAGCGUACGAAGUUGGGGGAGGUUGAAGGUAUUUUGUGGGCUGUCAGAGCACAGUUGUCUGAGGUAUUGGAGGAAGUUUUGCUGUUGAUGAAUACAGUGGAUGUAGGCCGAACCUUGGUAAUGGACGUGGGAAAUGGAGGGUCUAUGAAUUUGUAGACCCUGGCAAAGGAAUUAUCUGUACUAGGUCAGAGCUUGAAGGGGCCCGCGAGCCCACAAUUUGUUCAAAUGGGGGCCCAAGAGCCUGUUGGUAGUAUGGACUGGGUCGAGCCCAUUAGGCCCAUUCAUUUUGUCUGGAGAGCCAAGGGGUCCUCUCGGGCCCGUGAGACUCUGGUCUUGGGCCGUAAAAGCGCAAUGCCUUUGGCGGCUGACCUGGCUGCCCCACCAGUGACACAGAACACACCGAAGUUUGCCAGCGACUCUACGACCACUACUAGGGUGCAACCACAGGGCUUUGCUGAGAAGCAUAGCCCCUUGAAGUUGAAGGCGUCAGCUGGUUUGGUCGAGAAGGGUGUCGCUGACUGUCCCCAGGUCUCUGGGAGCUCGCCGGCGCCACAGAAAGGGCUGAUGGCCUCCGCUAACCCUAUGGCUAGAAGUCUGGUGUCGUUCCUGACCUCGAAUGUGAGAAACUUAUGCGAGGAGGCAUCGUCCUCCACCGAGCUGCCUCGGUUUGAAGGCUACGACGACCCUUUGCUUAAAUCUGGUCCCUCACAGCCCUCAGAGGUUUAUUUAGGGCCCAAGGCCUUCACCCAUCGUUCUGUGAAUUAGAGACCCCCUUAAGGGUUCUAUGCACAGUGGCAGAAGGGGAUGAUGAGUCAUCAAAUGAUGGGGGUUCUCUCGGAUGCUGAAUCUUCACUCGGGUUUGAUUUACAGUUAGUUUGCAAGGAGUUUGGAGUUGACAUGGAACUGGGGGAUUCUGGAGACAAACCUAGUCCUUUAUGCUCGUUGCCACUGGCGCCUUCAUGGGCUGGCAUACAAUCUGAUUGGGUUUUACAAAAGGUAGAUGAACUUCGUCACUGCAUCGGGAUUUCAUGCGAAGGAUUUGAGGACCAGUUUAAAGCUCUUCUCACUGCCAUAGUAGCAUGACAACCACUUAUUGCCAAAUCUGCCGCUAAAAAAGAUAGGGAGCUUAAGAGGCUUGUUUGCUCCAUAAACUAUGAUGCAAGGGAAGGAAGUGCGAGCUAGGGGAGACACAAUGAUAGGGUGAACCUCGGCGUUCCAUGAAGCCCAAGAUCUUUUCAUGGAAUGUUCGGGGACUGAAUGACCCAAGCAAGCACCUUAGAGUGAAGAACUUAUUACAGGAAUUGAAGGCAGAUGUGAUUUGUUUGCAAGAGACUAAGUUGAAGUCUAUUGACAAGCAAUUAAUAAGAAGCUUGUGGAAUUGCCCUUACGUGGGAUGGACCACUCUUGUCUUCAAGGGUGCUUCAGGGGGCAUUUUAGUGUUGUGGGAUAAGAGAGUAAUUAAUUUGGUGGAGGAUUUCGUCAGCAAAUUUUUGGUAGCAUGCUCUUUCUCGAAUGUAGAAGAUGGUUUUGGUUGGGGGUUCUUAGGAGUUUACAGGCUAAAUGUUGAUAGCAAAAGACAACUCCUUUGGGAUGAGAUCGCUGGUUUGUGUAGUUGGUGGGAUAUCCCGUGGUGUAUUGGAGGUGAUUUCAACGUCAGUCAGUUCCCGAGUGAAAGAUCAGGGUAUUCUAGCAUGGGUAUAGCCAUGGCUGACUUUUCAGCACUUAUAUUUGAGCUAGACUUGGUAGAUCUACCUUUGGCGGGGGGAGAUUUCUCUUGGUCUAACGGGAGGGCCUGGUCUAGCUUGGACAGGCUCAUUGUCUCUCUCUCCUGGGAGGUCCACUCCCCCAACCUUUGCCAAAAGGUUCUCUAGGCUUUGCUCUGAUCACUUCCCCUUCUUAUUAGAUUGCGGGGGUCUUCGCGGGG